AUGGCCGCUGAUCAUCUGAGUUCAUGUACCGACCGUCUUGUAACAUCCGAUCACCUGAGUUCAGAGAGGGGAUCAAAUGAAUCAUCUGGAGAAAGUUCCAGAGCUCAAGGCACCACAAGCCUGCCUACUACUAAACCUAUGAACCAUGAAUCCGAGGAAGAAGAAGAAGCAACUGAUGAAGAGGAACCGCUUAUCCAAUCAGUUGAAUGCCGUAUAUGCCAAGAGGAGGAUUCCGUUAAGAACCUCGAGUCCCCUUGUUCUUGUAGUGGCAGCUUGAAGUAUGCUCAUCGGAAGUGUGUUCAACGUUGGUGUAAUGAGAAAGGCGAUACAAUCUGUGAAAUAUGCCACAAGCCUUAUCAACCUGGUUACACAGCUCCACCUCCUCCUCCCGCUGAUGAUACUGUAAUCGAUAUCGGUGAAGAUUGGGCGAAUGGUGUUCCCUUAGACUUGAACGACCCGCGCAUCUUGGCAAUGGCGGCUGCAGAACGUCAUUUCUUUGAUGCGGACUAUGACGAAUACGCUGAUUCUAACUCGAGCGGAGCCGCGUUUUGUCGCUCUGCUGCUCUUAUCUUAAUGGCGCUUUUAUUGUUACGACACGCCCUGAACCUUACGAACAACAACUCGGACGACGAAGAAGAUGAUCCAUCAGCUUUCUUCUUUCUAUUCAUGCUUCGUGCCGCCGGUUUUCUCCUCCCAUGUUACAUCAUGGCUUGGGCUAUCAGCAUAUUACAACGCAGAAGACAAAGACAGGAAGCAGCCGCUCUGGCCGCAGCAGAAGUAGCGUUUAUGUUACACAGCGGAGGUGGCGUUGGAGGACAACGCAGGGGAGGAUUGCACUUUGCUGUAGCACCUGAGCUGAUAUCUAAUCCACAACAACACCACCCUGAAGCUUCACCGCCGCAAUGA